AUGAGAGGGCAGGGCCAGCCCGCAGGCAUCAUCUCACUCAUCUCCCUGGCUGUGCUCUCCUACGAGUGCUGCUGCACCAUGACGAGGACAGCAGAGCCUGACACCACCAAGUACAGCAAAGCUUGGACAGGCAUCAUCCUGCCCUGGACAUACUCCCUGCUCUGGACUGUUCCCCUGCUUCUUGGCUGGAGCAGCUACGGGCCAGAAGGACCAGGGAUAACCUGCUCUGUGAACUGGCAUUCCCAGGAUGCCAACAACACAUCCUGCAUCAUCUGCCUUUUCAUCUUUUGCCUCGUAAUCCCUUUUGCCAUCAUUGUCUAUUCCUAUGGGAAGCUGCUCUGUGCUGUCAGACAGGUGAGCAGCGUGCCCAGGGGGCCGGGAUGGGGCCGGGAGCAGCACAUCCUGCUGAUGGUGCUGGUGAUGGUGCUGUGCUUCCUCCUCUGCUGGCUGCCCUAUGCAGCUGUGGCACUCCUGGCCACCUUUGGGCAGCCUGGCCUCAUCACCCCUGCAGCCAGCAUCAUCCCAGCCAACCUUGCCAAGAGCAGCACUGUCUACAACCCCAUCAUCUACGUUUUUCUGAACAAACAGGUCAGUGAAAUGUCCCCCUUCCUUCACCUGGAUUCCAGGUAUGCAAAGAGUGAAAAAACAGCCAGAGGAGAUAAAGAGAGCAUCAGUGACAUCACCUAA